UAUUGACAUGAAAAUUUUCAUUUUUUUCGCUGAAGACGCGUUUAUCGAAUGUAGAAUCAUCAAGUUAUCUUUAUACUUAUCGUUGGCUAUCAGUACAAAUGGAAAAUGUCGUAAUUGUCCAGGAGAUUAUGGAAUUUUCAAUGAAUAAGUGAUCGAUAUGUUAUAUUCUGCGGAGAAAACCGAAAUAGUUCGGGUGAAAAGGUUGCGUGGAUAGAAUAUGUUUGAUUGAGGUCUAUAUGUGAAGUGAAAAUGGCUAUCCAAAAUCUUCAAUAUUUACCUAUCCUAAUAUCGAUUUAUUUCCCUGCUACAUUUAUACUAUCGUAUAUCAUAGCAGUUUCUACUGACGAUGUAACUCCCCUGUUUCCUUACAUAAGCGACACGGGAACCUUCUCCCCUGAGAGUUGUAUAUUUGGACAGUUGCUCAACUUGGGGGCCUUAUUUGUCGGUUGCGGUGCGUACCUUAGAUACCUCCAAAUCAAAGAUCUCCACCAAAACAAUCAACUUCCUUUCGUUGUGGAAAAACUGAAUGGAAGAGCGUGUGUUUUGGGUAUCAUAACGGCCCUAGGGAUCAGCAUAGUUGGGAAUUUUCAAGAAAAGAAUGCUCUAAUCGUUCACUUGAUUGGAGCGACCUUCGCUUUUGGAGUCGGCGGUGUCUACCUAUGUUUCCAGAGUUAUAUUUCGUUUAAAAUCUAUCCACUCGUGGGCAAUAAGACGCUAAACUGGAUAAGGGUCAUUCUAGCUGUUGGAACUUUAAUUUUCUUCGUUCUUGUGUUCCUUUUCGCUAUAAUAGCGGCUAUUGUUGGCAAAAACGCUGGAAACGAACAUGCGGAGGAGACCAUAAACACCAAAUGGACCUCUGACCAAGCAGGAUGGGGCUGGCACUUCGCGAGUACGCUCAGCGAAUGGAUCCUGGCUUUUUGUAUGCUCCAGUAUCUCGCAACUUACGCGUAUGAUUUUAGGGGGCUCACUUUGAACGAAAUCACCGUCUCGAAUAAAUUAAAAUGAAGAUUUCGAGGGAUGACGCUUCAAAUGAUGAAGUUAAGAUGAUAUUCAUCAGCAUUCUGUGAAGAACUUGACGAUAAUUCUGUAUUAUUUCUGAACUUUUAUAUAUUUGUGGAAAAAAGCGAUAUUACUAUUUUUA